AUGCCGACAAAUGCGAAAAAACGACGGCGCGAAUCUGAAGACUGGGAUUAUGCUGAUCUUAGUGGGCCUGACCCAAUGUACAAGAGGACAGCCCCAGCAUGCAUUCCCGCGUCAUCUUCCACUACUUUCAGGGUCAACACUACCACCAAAGGCCCCGAUCCAAAUCUAAUGUCUUAUAGUUCUACCUUCGACAGCAAGGCUCCUUAUAGCUAUUCAUACACCCCCCCUACUACUUCUGUGAUGACGAUGCCAUCAGUUCCAUAUUCUUCAUACAACUACAGCUACCCGUAUCCCCAAUCCACGCACCCUCACGUGGAACCUCAGCCCCCAGUUCAAGAGGCCCUACCACCUCCCGUCAAGAAACAAAGGAAGAAGAAAGACCCUAAUGAGCCUGCGCCAGAGAAACGCGGUGCAAUGUUCAAGAAAAAGUGUCCGCAGAAUAUUCUUGAUCGCGUAGAUAGGGUCAUGUCCCAAAGAUUUUUCAUGGUCGACCGAAAGCGUACCGGCGAUGAGCUACGUGAGGAGUUUAGCGUGUUAGGCUCCACAGGGAAUGUGUAUACUGUUGUCAUCGAUAAAACACCAUCCUGCAACUGCAUGUCGCGUCCAGAUGCCAACAAGGGUAAUCACUGCAAGCACAUAUUGUUCAUCUUUUUGAAAGUCCUCCAAGUCAGCCAGAGCUCCGGCCUGUGGUACCAAAAGGCACUUCUUACCUCCGAACUUCAAGAAAUAUUCGCGCAUGCGCCUCCAGCACCCAACUCUGUUACUAAUCAACGUGUUCGGGACGCAUAUGCACGCGCAACUGGCAAGGCUACUACUACUACCCCCUCUGAAGAGUCUGAGCCUGUGAAAAAGCGCCGUGCGCCUUGCCCAGAGGACGACUGUCCCAUCUGCUACGAGAGCAUGCACGGCGCAGAUGAGAAUACCCUCAUCUGGUGCGAGACUUGUGCGAAUGCUGUGCACAAGGAGUGCUUCACACAAUGGGCUAAAUCCUGUGGACGCAACAUUACUUGUGUCUUCUGCCGUUCCCCAUGGGUCAACGUUAGCACGGGUGGGCAGGUCUCCGGGAAGGGAAAGGCGUCAGUGUCAGAGGGAUAUAUUAACCUUGGUACUGUUGCGGGUUUGAGUCAAGAGCGCGAUACCAGCUCCUAUUAUCAUGGCUCUAGGCGUGGGUAUCGGCACUACGGUUAUCAAGAUUAUGAAAACGUACUUUAG